AUGACUACUUUUUAUUCAGAUGAGGUUGGUCUAGAAAAGACUGACCCACGACUUUGGAGACUCCGUACGGACGACCUGGGGCGCCAGACAUGGGAUUAUAUCGAUCAAUUAGACGCUGAAUCUGAUCCACAGACCACUUUUGUACAAUGGUUGUUACAAUUGCCAGGAUUUCCCAGCCCUAAUCCAGAUAUCAAAAAUGGGGAUGAUAGUUUUACUGCCAAAGAUGCCUGUUACAAUGGUGCCACCUUUUUCAAGCUCUUACAGGAUGGAAACUCUGGUAUUUUCCCUUGCCAGUACAAGGGACCCAUGUUUAUGACAAUAGGCUACGUGGCAGUCAACUACAUUGCAGGUAUAGAGAUCCCUGAACAUGAAAAGAUCGAAUUGAUCAGGUAUAUAGUCAAUACUGCGCAUCCAGUAGACGGGGGAUGGGGCUUACAUUCAGUCGAUAAAUCCACCGCAUUUGGAACAGCUAUAAAUUAUGUCAUAUUGAGACUGCUGGGCCUUUCUAAGCAUCACACGGUUUGUGUUAGAGCUAGGGAUACUUUACUAAGAUUAGGUGGCGCCAUAGGUGUGCCUCAUUGGGGAAAAAUAUGGUUGAGUGUAUUGAAUCUUUAUAGUUGGGAAGGUGUCAAUCCUGCUCCACCUGAGACGUGGCUAUUGCCAUAUUAUUUGCCCAUACACCCUGGAAGAUGGUGGGUUCACACAAGAGGUGUCUAUUUACCAAUCAGCUAUCUAUCUCUGGUACGCUACUCUACAGAAUGCACACCGCUGUUGGAAGAGAUAAGAAAAGAGAUCUAUGUUAAACCAUUUGACGAUAUAAAUUUCAGCCAGCAUAGAAACACAGUUUGUGGUGUUGAUUUAUACUAUCCGCAUUCUACACUAUUAGAUACCGCUAAUAAAGCAAUUGUUCUUUACGAGAAGUUUUUGAGACCUACGUGGCUAGCUGAAAAAUCUAGAAAAGCAAUUUACGAAUUAAUUGAGAAAGAGGCUCAAAAUACUGACUAUUUAUGUAUCGCCCCAGUCAAUCAAGCGUUUUGUGCUUUGGCUACAUUAAUUGAAGAAGGCGUCGAGUCCAAACCAUUUAGAAAGUAUCAAGAGAGAUUUAAAGAUGCUUUAUUUCAUGGGCCACAAGGUAUGACUGUGACUGGGACAAAUGGUGUUCAAACAUGGGACUGUGCAUUUGCAAUCCAAUAUUUGUUCAUUGCGGGACUUGCUGAGCAACCUGAAUUUUAUGAUGCAGUAAGUGCUGCAUUUAAGUUUCUAUGUCGUUCCCAAUUCGAUACAGAAUGUGUCCCUGGUUCUUUUAGAGAUAAGAGAGUCGGCGCCUGGGGUUUUUCUACGAAGACUCAAGGUUACACCGUUUCUGACUGUACUGCAGAAAGUAUAAAAGCAAUCAUAAUGGUGAGAAACUCCCCCGUAUUUGCUAAGAUACAUGAUGAGAUUACAGACGAAAGACUAUGCAAAGGUAUUGACAUUUUGCUAGACUUACAAAAUAUGGGUUCUUUCGAAUUUGGUUCAUUUGCAACUUAUGAAAAGAUAAAAGCCCCAUUAAUCUUGGAGAAAUUAAACCCUGCUGAAGUUUUUGGGAACAUUAUGGUUGAAUAUCCAUACGUGGAGUGCACUGAUUCUUCAGUUUUGGGGCUUACUUACUUUCAUAGACAUUACAAGUAUCGCCAUGAAGAAAUCUCUGAUAGAAUCCAGCUUGCUAUAAGAUACAUCAAGAAUGCUCAACAGGAUGAUGGCAGUUGGUAUGGUAGCUGGGGUAUCUGUUUCACAUAUGCGGGCAUGUUUGCCAUGGAAGCCCUACAAUCCGUCGGCGAGCUGUACGAAAACUCUGAUGCUGUGCAUAAAGGCUGUGAUUUCUUGGUUAGUAAACAAAUGCCUGAUGGGGGAUGGAGUGAAUCGAUGAAGUCCAGUGAACUUCACACCUAUGUCAGCACGAAAGAAUCACUGGUGGUGCAAACAGCCUGGGUGCUAAUUGCGUUGCUCUUGGCGAAAUACCCAGAUAAACAAGUCAUCGACAGAGGUAUAUCCCUGUUGAAGAGUAGGCAAGAACCUUCCGGUGAAUGGAAAUUUGAGAGUGUAGAAGGGGUGUUCAACCACUCCUGUGCAAUCGAAUAUCCAAGUUACAGAUUUUUGUUUCCUAUCAAGGCCCUGGGAUUAUAUGUAAAAGAGUACGGAGCUCAAGGUAUAUAA